AUGCAAAGCAAAACACAAAUCAAUUACGACCUAGCAACUUUCAGCACAAUUUGCCAGAGAAAGCAUAUACUAAAAGAUAUCACUUACUUUCUAUAUAUCAUCGAUGACACUAUGAUUCUUACCAAUGAACUCGAAUCUUAAUAGCCUAAAUAUUAACUACCAUUGAAUUUUGAAACCAGGAUUUGUUGGACUUUUGAAAAGGACAGAUAACUUUCUUAAUUUGGGUUUGAGUACAAAGGUUCAGUCAAAUAUUUUGUUGCUAAAGAUGAGGAAAUCAGAAAAUUGAAAUUUCAUCUCAGAAAUAAAAUCAUGUUCAAGGAUGUGAGUGAUUUCUAUUAACCCUUGAAAUUAUUAGGGAAGGGAGGAUCUUCUAAAGUGUACCUUGUAGUGGAUAAAGAUAACAAGCACGAUUUCGCAUCAAAAUGUGUUGAAAAGAGAUAUCUAAAAGAAGAUGGUGGAUUUCAAGCCUUGUUUAACGAGAUAAAUUUGAUGGCCAUAUUAGAUCACGAAUCUGUUGUAAAAUUGGAGGAAGUCUAUGAAGGAGAAAAUACAUUUUAUUUGAUACUUGAACAUCUCAAAGGGAACUCAUUACACGACGUCUUAAGUAAAGGGUAACUAACACAAUUAAACUGGGACUAAAUCAAAUCAAUAUUAUGGCAAAUCUUGACAGGAGUUGCAAGAAUGCAUCAAUUGGACAUAAUGCACAGAGAUUUAAAACCUGAAAAUAUUAUGUUUAAAGAAGCUAAUUAAAUCACAGGAUUGAGAAUUGUAGAUUUUGGUUUAGCAACAUAAACCCAUGUCUAAAAUUACCCAUUUCCCAAAUGUGGCACACCUGGAUAUGUCGCACCUGAGAUAGCAAAUCUUAGAGAUUUAACUUUCAAAUAUGAUAAGAUUUGCGAUAUCUUUAGUGUGGGAUGCAUUUUCUAUAAAUUAAUCACUUCAAAGGAUUUGUUUCCAGGAAAUGAUUAUCAUGAAAUCUUAAAGUUGAAUAAGAAGUGCAUUAUCAAUUUAGAUAAUCUAAGCAUUUACAGAACGCCUUAAGCAGCCAUGGAACUUAUUUAAUUAAUGUUAUAAGUGGAUCCACAUUAGAGAAUCUCUGCAUAAUAGGCCUUGGAACAUCCAUUUUUUUCGGGAGGUUUUACUGAUAGAAAAUUGAAAUUCUAAUCCUAGAAAAAAGGCUCUGGAUAAGGGAAGUUAUGGCAGACUUCCACAUUUCGAAUGGAAAAAUCAGAUAAAUUACAACUGCCAGAGAUCAAAUAGAAAUCAAAAUAAAGAGAUGAGGAUGAAGUAGAAGAUGAAAAAAUUAAAAUUAAAGUUCCUGUUAUGAAUAGUCCAAGAUUAGCAUAACACGCUAAACGUAAAAAUUUAGCAUUAGCUGAUGGUUCACCUACAGAAAACCCUAAAAAGAGUGCAUUUAAAAAAUUUUCUACUUAAGAAUUCGAUCAACAGUCACCUGAUACUUGUUCACCAGAUUCAGCUAGACAACAUCCUACAUUAAUCAUUAACAAUAGUCCUAAACUUGUAUAGAGUUAAACAUUAAAACGAAAGUUUACUUAUAAAAAUUAUCACUAACAUUAAGCAAUUUAUGAAGUUGAUGAUGAGUAAAAAAAUUAAUGA